AUGUCAACUACAAAUAAUAGAUAUAUCAUAUUAAUUGGACAUAUAUUGUUGGUUUGGACAUUGUUCAAUUGUAUCCAGACUAAUGAUGCAAAGACUGUGUACUGGAACUCGACUGUCAGCUGCUCAUCUGAUUUGAAGUGUCAGUUUGGUGACACUGCCAAUUGGAUUGGCAAUGUGUUGCCCAGCACCACAGACGAUGCCGUGAUUGACUUGGCUUCAAACAUUGAAGAGUCAGUGAUCACAUUGUCUGCAGACGUCACGUUCAACAGUCUCACAGCGGUCGGCCCAAGAAAUGAUAGUAACACACAGGGUGAUAUGGCCAAGCUUACAUUCACAGUCAUCAAUAGCACAUUCAAUGUCAGCGAGUCGCGUUUCACCAAUGCAUUCGUCAACGUCACAGAGUCCAAAGUCCCUGGCAACAUAUUCGCAAGCAACAACACAUACUGCAUCAUCUAUUAUAGCAAUGUAAGCACUGUCUACUUCACUGGCAACACCAAGGUCACAUUGUGGAGAGUGAACUUGGCCAAUUUCACAUCCGUUGGCUCGCCCACAUCGAUGAUCCCAUCGUCACCAUUCGACCAAGUGAAUAUCAUGAUUGAUGACGUGAUCAUUGAUCAGUCAACCGUGAACAAUCCCGCCUCUGCUCUAUACAUAUGGGUCACUCCAUUUACUGUCGUGAACCUCCACAAGUCUACGUUUAAAGGCUAUUCGUGCCAAUUCGUCAUAUCGUCCACGACCAGGAUCUAUGAAUACUUAGACCUUGGUGCCAAUGGUCAGUUAUUAUUCGAUACGAUUAAUGGCGGCUCACCCGGUCGUCUCCAGCCCUUCAACGCAAAAAUCACCGCAGCCACAGUACAAAUAGGCAAUGGAUGGCUAGACUCGGGCAACAUAAUGAUCAACGGUGAUGUGACCUCAAACUCGAGCAGCAGAUUGACAUUCAAACAGCCCAAUCAGUUUGAUGCACCUGUAAUCAUCAAUGGAACGACAUCGAUACUCAACUCGGCAAUGUUGGUCAAUUUCAAAACAAUGACAACCUUGCCAAACGUCCAAUACCUGCUCAUGUCGAGCAUCAACAACGACAUUACAUACCAAGCCAACCGUGCCAAGGACCAAGUAACCUACAACAUGACCGACAACAACUCAGAGUACAAGAUCGUGGCCGACGGCAAACAACUGUACAUUCAGUUUGGCAAGUCAUGUGCCAAUGCUACGGACUGCAAUGGCCAUGCUAUUUGUAAUGAUGGCAUGUGUCAAUGUGUUGACUACUAUCAAGACCCAGGUUGCAGUGUUCCUAGCUGUAUGAAGAACUGCAGUGGACGUGGAGAGUGCAUCUUCAGCUCAAGGUUGUCACUGGUGUACUUCAAACAACAAAUGUCUACGUCCCUCUACGACAUGCAGUCCUACUCCAACCACGAGCACCACUACUACUCCUACUACUACUACACCCACAACAUCUACUGCUGCUACAUCAACUACUACCACUACCACUACUACCUCUACUACUGGCGACCAUCCAAGCAAAGCCACUUCAACAACAGUACCUCUCUCAGUUGUAGUUGUUCUUGCAUUGAUGGCUGUCAUUAA